CUUUUAUUUGUUUUUUCCUUUUUUUGUCGCAUUUAACUUAGUAUUUUUACAGUGUCGUUUUAAGUUACUUAUACACGUACAACUUACCAUUGCACAAUAUUAUGGUAAAAAUAUUUGUUGGACGUCUCCCCGAAGACGUAAAAAAGAGUGAAUUGGAAGAAUUGUUUAAAGCAUAUGGAGAAAUAACAGACUGUUCAAUAUUAAAAAACUAUGGCUUUGUUCACAUGGCCGAUCUGAAUGAUGCUAAAAAAGCAAUUGCAGGACUUGAUAAAACAGAUUUAAAAGGAAACUCAAUCAACGUAGAACUUUCAACAACAAAAGUGCAAAAAGCGAGCAAGAUAUUUGUUGGCAAUCUACCACCAGAAACCAAAUCUGCUGACAUUCAUAAACUUUUCAAGAAAUACGGAACUGUAAUAGAGUGUGAUGUUGUUAAAAACUAUGCAUUUGUUCAUAUGGGAAGGGAAAAUAUGGCCAGAGAUGCAAUAAAUGGUCUUAACAACACAGAGUUUAAUGGAAACAAGAUUGGUGUUCAAAUGGCACGCUCUCAAAGAAAUCUUGAUAUGCAUGGGGGUCCACCAAUGCACCGGGGUGAUAUGCGGGGCCGAGGAAGAGGUGGUCGCGGUGUGUACAUGGGCCCUCCUCCACGCAUGGGGCUUCAACAUCCACGGUUCCGUAAACCAUACUUAGAUGACCCAUACUUGGAUCCGCCAUUUUCUCGCAUCGGGAGGGGUGGAUUACGUCAUCGCAUGCUGGGCGGGUCAAGCCUACAUGAACGAAGCGUCGGUUUAGGGUCAAUGUACGGUCAAGAUUUGCUUUCGCGUGCUGCACUCCGCCGCGACCCGCUUCUCAGUGCAGGAGGCUCGUUAUUGUUGAGAGAACGAGAAGCGCUGGCACGCCGACUCGAGUCCGAGGCUCUAGCUGAGUCGUACGCUGGUUUGAGCGGCGCAGGAUCUCAGUACGAUUUUACGAGCGAUCAAUUGGUUGAUUUAGCCGAGCCUGAGUUGUCACUCGGACGAUACGGAUCCUCUAGUUAUAUGUCCCAAAGUCGCCUCGCCGAUGCAGAAACUGCCCGUUAUUCCGCCGCUGCACUGGACAGGUACGGCGCAUUUUAGUAGCAGCGCCAAACACAAGAAUUGCCGCCGAGCAGUCGAUUGAAAAUGGCUUUAUUUUCAGACUGGGUACAGUAAUUUAAAAUCUGCCAAACUUUCUCGGCCAUGCGACCGACGAAAUAUUGUGAGUAAUUAAAACUACGAAUCGGGUCGUCUCUACGGCCAAUAUGUUUGGACCGAUGUAUAAUGUGUACAUUACAAACGUUGCGUUCUUUUGUGCUCUUCUUUUCGUGUGACUUCUUUCGCCUCGCAAUUUGUAUUUCGGAACAGUAUAAAAUCUGCCUACACGAAAAUAUGAAUAAACUUUUUAGAACCAG